AUUAGAUCUGCAGACAUCCACGAGUUAUAUCCAACCGGUGGGGGCACAGAUGCUGUGAAAGUCGAGAGGACACAGUUGGCAGGUUGAUGCAGUAAAGUACACUCAAGGAAAAAACAACAGUACAUAAGGUUUUGCGGCCAUGGGGAACCUGAUUAAGGUCCUUGGCAAGGAUUUAGAGAACUGUCCACAUUUUUUCCUGGACUUUGAAAAUGCCCAGCCCACGGAGGCGGAGACGGCCGUGUUCAACCAGGUGAGCGCCAUCCUGGAGGAGGCUCAUGGGAUUCUGGCAGAGCUGCAGUCAUACAACGGGGCCGGACAGGAAAUCCGAGAGGCCAUUCAGAAUCCAGGAGACUUACAGCUGCAGGAGAAAGCUUGGAAUGCUGUCUGCCCUCUGGUGGCAAAACUGAAGCGCUUCUAUGAGUUCUCGCUACGCUUGGAAAAUGCCCUCCGCAGCCUGUUGGAGGCGCUCACGAGUCCGCCGUAUGCUCCCAUGCAGCACCUGGAGCGGGAGCAGGCGCUGGCCAAGCAGUUUGCUGAGAUCCUCCACUUCACGCUCAGCUUUGACGAGCUCAAGAUGACGAAUCCAGCCAUUCAGAAUGACUUUAGUUACUACCGGAGGACCAUCAGUAGGAAUCGAUUAAACAAUCAGCAGCUGGAAGCUGAAAAUGAGGUGAACAACGAGAUGGCCAACCGUAUGUCCCUGUUUUACGCUGAAGCCACUCCCAUGCUGAAGACCCUGAGCAAUGCCACCACCAAGUUUGUAUCUGAGAACAAGACAUUGCCUAUUGAAGACACAACAGAUUGUCUCAGCACUAUGGCAUGUGUGUGUCGUGUCAUGUUGGAAACACCAGAGUACAGGUGUCGCUUCACCAACACGGACACCAUGCUGUUCUGCAUGAGAGUGAUGGUGGGGGUCAUCAUCCUGUACGAUCACGUCCAUCCAGUCGGCGCCUUCGCCAAGACCUCCAAGAUUGAUAUGAAGGGCUGUAUCAAGGUGUUGAAAGAGCAGCCUUCAAAUAGCGUGGAGGGCCUGCUUAACGCUCUAAGGUAUACAACGCGACACUUAAAUGAUGAUAGCACCUCAAAACAAAUCCGAGCUCUGCUGCAAUGAGACAGGCCAGCAGUCGAGAGGAGAGAAACGCAGCAAAACAGACACUGACUGCUCCUGCUCCAUGUUUGGGUGAAACCAACCUCAGAAAACUGUUUGUUUACAAUUGUGAAAACUUUAAACCCAUCUCAAAACUUAAUGGGCCAGGGGGAAAACUGAAGGGGAAAAUAUAAUGUAUAAAGUCCAGUGUUUUAUCAUCAACAUGCCUCUCAUUUUGUACAACAAGUGACGAGGAGAAGGAAUGUAGAAAUAUUUUAAUCUCUGAAAGCAGAAACAAGGAUUUAAAAGGAUUCAAAAAAAAUAAUUUUCUAUAUUAGUCAGAUGCCACUGGCUAGGAGUAAAGAUUUAAAGAAAGAAAAUCCACCCCACUAUUGCACUUCCCGUCUUGUCAUCUCUAUCUCCAAGAGUGUGACUAGGACUCCAUCCACUAGGUGGCGAUAUCCUCCAUUAAUAAGCACUGACUCCGAACAUUUCUGUGGCCACAGCCAGGCAUCAGGUUUAAAGUCUCCUAGAGUAAACAAAUGAAUUUGACAAAUAAAGAAAGAAAAAUACAGUGUUGCUACAGUAUUUUGUUGUUGAAAUGUUC